AUGAUACAUUGUUUAAUGCGACGAUCUACUGUCGUUGCCCGGCAUGUUUCUUUGCAAAUAUACGGAACAUGUUUCUAUCGCUUAACAACGAAACUAGCAAACACAUUGACAGCUAACAAGGAAGAAAAAUGUGCACCACUCAACACCAAUGAUAUAAUAACUACUACCGUGACGCAGUCACAUGCAAUUCCAACAAUUACUGCAACUGUGGCAAAAGCGAUGCCAUUAUUGGAGGCAGUAAAUCCCGAGAUCACGGAAGACUUUGAAAUUUCUGCAUCAAAAAUUGUGUCACUUGAUCAUGUGGAUAAAGCGCCGUUGCCAUUUGAGGAUAUUCCUGGCCCAAUGAUACUCAAGUUAUGGGAAAAAUACUGGAAAUACGUGCCACUUCUGGGUACGCAACUGUUUUGCAGUCUGCUAAUCAGCAGAUUUACCCAGGGACGAUUAUUUUGGAAUCGCAAUAUUACGCCGAUUAAAUAUUUAUUCGAUGAAUAUGGCUGCAUUGUGCGGAUUAAUGGCCCUUUUAUGAAUGAUAUAAUUAUGAUUCACAGGCCUGAACAUAUAGCAGAAGUUCUCAAGCAAGAGAGCAAGUCAGCUAUUCGUAGUGGCAUUGAUAUUCUUCAACACUAUCACCUUAAUCAUCGCAAGUGUCGUUCUGCUGGUGCGUUCUCUUUACAAAGUUCGGAGUGGUUAGAAGUGAAAGAGAAAAUUGACCGGCCUUUACACGAAACAAUUUCGAAUUAUAUCGGAGAACUGAAUUCAGUGUGUGGCGAACUCGUUAAAAGAAUUCGUAAUAUACGCAAUCGACAGGACGAGGUACCAGCGAAUUUUCAUCAGGAACUCACCGUAUGGGGUCUGGAAUGCUUCUAUGUAGUGAUGUUCAAUAGGCAUCUCGGUUUUCUCGAUUCCACUUCGAAAUCAAUGUCUGAGAUUACAAAAGUUAUUAAUGCGUUAAUUACUGCUCACACUUAUAUGGCUCGAUGCGAGACUGGAUUUCAGGUGUGGAGAUUUUUCGAAACUCCAUUCGCUAGAAAACUUUUUGCAGCUUGCGACAUUCUUGACGAGAUUAUUGGGAAAUAUAUUCGUCAAGCACAGAACAAGCUGCAAGCUUCUUCAUUAACAAAACAAGUAGAAUCUAUAAAUGAAAAGAAAAAUUUAUCAUUGCUCGAAAAGAUGAUUAUUCAGAGUAUCCAUUUGAACGAUAUUGCUACUCUUUUGAUGGACAUGAUUAUUCUAGGCGUCCAAGCUGUCAUAAAUUGCGAGGCAUUUCUGCUUUAUUUUUUAGCGAGAAAUCCUAGAAUACAAAAACGAUUGUAUGACGAAAUCACCUCUGUUUUACUUAAAACAGAUCAAACAACUCUAACAAAGGAAAGCUUGAAAAAUAUGCCAUAUUUAAAAGCAUGCAUAAAAGAAAGCCUUAGAUUGCGACCUGCAUUUCCUUACUUGACGAGAUUAUUGUCAUCAGCAAUUUCGCUACACGGAUACACAAUACCGAAGGGAACUUUCAUCAUAAUGGCGAAUCAAAUAACAUCACAGCGUGAGGAGCAUUUUGAAGAUCCUGGCAAAUAUCAGCCGGAAAGAUGGUUGAAGCAGGACGAACAUGAGCAUAAUUCCUACCAAGAAUAUUCAUGUCUACCUUUCGGGCAUGGUGUACGAUCCUGCCUAGGAAAAGAUAUGGCUGAAAUACAAAUGAUGUUACUCACUGCAAAGUUGGUACGAGAAUUUACAAUUGAGUAUGAUUAUGCUGAUAUCCAAAGUCGAUUUCUUAUGAUUAACGUACCAAAUAAGUCACUUCGUUUUCGAUUCUUAGAUAGGAAUUAAAAGAUGAUAAAAUAUAUACAGCUUAAACAAUUACAAGAAUUUAAGGGACAUAAUA